AUGGCUGCUAGGAAGAGCGUCGUCGCUGUCCUCGUGUUCAGGGCAAACGGAAAGGUUGAGUCAGGAUCCAGCUUCGUGGUUAAAAGUGAUCUCGUCCUGGCCUCUAGCCACUGCAUGGGCGUAGUGGAUCUUGAGGACGAAGAUGUGUUGUGCGUGAGGAGGCCGAAGUUUCCGAGGGGAGUUGAGCAACUACCUGCAACUAUCAUUUACCGGGAUAUUGUCAUGGACGUCGCUGUCCUCAGGGUGGCGGGAUUGACGUGCGUGUCGCCACUGCGCUUCGCACCGGAGGAGGAUGCCACCGUCGGGGAGAGUGUUAUCUCGGUCGGGUACUGCGACCCGGACGCCCUGUUGACUGGUGUGACCUUUUCAAGGCUCCCUAGUCUCUCACCCGGGCUCGUCAGGCCAGAGGGGACUCGCUACAUUUGUACUCAUCAGGGUAUCGAGCUCUACCAUGUUUUGCUCAGCUGUGUUUGUAUGGAGGGUAUGUCCGGUGGACCCAUUCUAUCGAGGAGAGGUGUUAUCGGGAUGGUCGAUUGCGGUGGUCGUGGUGCUAUCGAGAUGGGUGGUCAUAGCUACACGGAGGCUAAAGCCCCACACACGAUCAUUGAGGUGUUGAAGAGGUGCCUUGUUUUGCAGGGCAUUCUGACCAUGGAGGAGGCGAUCGGGCUCGAGUUGACCAUGGAGGAGGUGCUGGACUUGAUCGCGUGAUGUACUGCUCUUAUGACCAGGACCAGAUCGAU